AGUAGUAGCGGGUCCUCUCUCGCCUCAAUGUUGCGGCCAUCCUAGUGGCAGAUCGCUACAAUCCUGGAGGGAGCCGGGUCGAAUGAGCUAUUGGGGUUCCCGAUAAUAACGGGGACAAACAGACAGGCAAAAAAGACACACAGACGGAUGGACGGAGAUAGGCAAGUGUUCCGAAAAAAACGCGAGACCAUAACCGGAUUCCAUACGUUUUCUUAUUUCCGUUGUUUUGCUUUUUUAGUAUUUUAAAUUAUUAAUUUAUUCGCUGUAUUUAUUUAUCUAUCGAUUGAUUGCGUUUUAAUUACUGCCUUGUGACAGAGAGCGAGGGAGGAGGGGCGUUAGAGCCAAGCGCGCGUUGUGUUUGUGUGCGUGUGAGAGUCCGUGCAGCUUCCCCCCCCCCCCCCCCACACUUGUUUAUUUUUUGUUGAUGAUAGCCUUUAUUGAGGCUGUUUUAAAUGUGCUCGCGACGCGAUCCGCUGCUUUGCGCGAGCGGAUGAAUGUCUUAUGUAGCCUCCAUGCAAAGGAGAGAGAAGAAGGAGCGCGUGCAGCUAGAGACCAAAUACAAUAGAUUAAACCAAAUACUACAGAAAUCCAAAUAAGACUUUCUAACUCUGCUGGCCUUUUUACACUUUCUUGCCUCUUUCUAUGUAUCAUAGUUUAUUGUGCUGUUUUAAAUUGCAAAACGAAUACCAAAGCUCAGCCCGGCUGUUGAUGCUACAGGAGUAGGCUAGCGACUGUUCUCAUGCCUUUUCACACCUAUAGGAAACAUUACUGGUGAGGAGUGAGAGGAUCAAAUAAGCUCUAUGUUUACUCAAGGAGAACGCUUUAGCAGUGCAAAUGUAACAGAGAGACGCAGGUGCAUCAACGACAGGCCGGUGUCACACAGGCUUUUAAUAUAACGCCACUACAAUAGGCCUGUAAUUGUAACACAACUUUUCCGGUAGCCUGUAGAAGUGAGGUCUGAUCUCCUCUCUAUCCGUCUGUGUGUUAGUCUGGACUGUAUGUAAGCUAACUGCUGCACUCAAGGGACCAUCCUACCUAUAUGUUCUAUGCACAUUUACACCAAAACUAAUGCUGGCCACCAGUCGACAACCACAAAUGUAAAUUAAAGGGCGCCGCUUGCCUACAUGUGUACACACCUUACGGUGAAUGUUGUGAGCUCUCCAUACCAAAUAUUUUCCCAAAGCUGUCUACCAGAAAAACGGACGAAGACACAGAAGCUCCAGAAGAGGACAGAGCUUAUCAGGUCUACAGCAAUUCUGUCAGAUUAUUUGCAUCAAAACAAGAAGCCGGAGGAAGAUCAUGUUUGUUCCCUUGCCGGUGCCGUUCGUGUUUCAGAGAACUGCCCCUGACCUCAACGCCUGGCGUCUCAAGUCCCCUCUGGCUCUUCGCUCCAACUCCGAUAUCAGGAUGUCAAAGCCAGUAGAGGUCGAGAAGGUAGGGGCUGAGUCACCGAUGGAGGGCACAGAUUCAGAGCGGAAUGGACCUGAAUCAAAUCACCAGGCUCAGUCAAUGAAAGUCAAUCCAUUUCCCCUUUCACCAACCCUGAGCAGCAGCAAGCAUAAGAUGGAGGAGUGUGGUGAGAUGUCCCCGGCCCUUCCUCUCUCUCACGGCCCGACCCCCUCACAGACUGCACUGCAACAUACACAGCUCAUGCUGACCGGCUCCCAACUAGCAGGGUUAACAGCUCUGUUGCCAGCGCAGCAGCAGCUGUUGCUGCAGCAGGCUCAGGCGCAGCUCCUGGCUGCAGCUGUGCAGCAGUCCAGUGCAGCCCACGCCGCUCAUGCUGCCCACGCAGCUGCCCAAGCAAAUCAGCAAGCUCAGGCAGUUGCAGCAGCAAAUCAGCAAGCCCAGCAGCAGCAGCAGGCGGGACAAACGGGGCAGCAGGCCCAAUCGCAGUCCCAGGGACAGAGCACACAGGAACAGAUAGCCCAAAGUGUCCCUGUCCCACCUCCUCCACCCCAGCUCACCCUCUCCCAGCCAAUCCAGCUCACCGCCCAGGACAUACAGCAGUUGCUGCAGCUUCAGCAGUUGGUGUUAGUGCCCGGCCACCCGCUCCCAUCCCCUGCCCAGUUCCUCCUCCCACAGGCACAGCAGGGCCAGCAAGGACUCCUAUCGACACCAAAUCUUAUUUCGCUACCUCAGCAAAACCAAGGGAGCCUGCUGUCUGCUUCAACUAGAAUGGGACUCCAAGCACAGCGAGAUAAGAGUAUGGAGGUGAGCGGUGUGACCACAGUGCCCUCAGUGACCUCUCACCCUGAGGAGCCCAGUGACCUGGAGGAGCUGGAACAGUUUGCCCGCACUUUCAAACAGAGACGCAUCAAGCUGGGCUUCACACAGGGAGAUGUUGGUUUGGCCAUGGGGAAGCUGUAUGGCAACGACUUCAGUCAGACCACAAUCUCCCGCUUUGAAGCCCUUAACCUAAGCUUUAAGAACAUGUGCAAGCUGAAGCCACUGCUGGAGAAGUGGCUCAAUGAUGCAGUCUGUUUUUAUGCUUGCUUUCCUUCAUCAGAGACCAUGUCCACAGACUGUACCAUGCCCAGCCCCAGCUCCCUGUCCUCUCCCUCAAUGGGCUUCGACGGGAUUCCUGGUCGCCGCAGAAAGAAGAGAACCAGCAUCGAGACGAAUGUACGCGUGGCCCUGGAACGCGCAUUCAUGACGAACCAGAAGCCUACCUCAGAAGAGAUCCUGCUGAUUGCAGAGCAGCUCAACAUGGAGAAGGAGGUGAUCCGGGUCUGGUUCUGCAACCGCCGGCAGAAAGAGAAACGCAUCAAUCCCUCCAGUGCCACCCCUCCCUUGCCCAGCCAGCCCCCCACUGCCCCCCCAACGCACAAACCGUCCUGCUACAGCCCUCACAUGAUGUCCAGCCAGCUGUCGCAGGCCGUGACCAGUCUCAGCACAACAGUGACCACCAUGUCGCCCGUCUGUCCCCUGACUUCCAGCCUUACCUCCACCCACCCCUCUCUCAGCUCCGCACCCUCCCCAGUGACUCCUCCUCCUCCCCGCAGCACAGCCAGCCCAGCCACCCCCAGCCACAGCACACUCAAUCUUAACACAGGCUUAUGGCGUAUGGGUAAAAAGAACGGUGACGUGUCUAACUACAUCACCGAUUUUGCUGCAAACUUGAGGAACACUGUGAUGGGAGUUAACACAGGGAUGAACCAAGCCCUCCUCGGUAACAAUCCCCUGGCCACUAUCCAAGCCCUAGCAGCCAGUGGUGGCCAGCUGCCCCUUUCCAGUCUUGAGGGGGCCAGUAAGGUGAUGCUGGGGGCCUGUGGGAGCCAGGGAGGGGGCCUCCCCUCCUCCUUCUUCCUCAACCACCCCGCCCUCCUCCACAUGGGCCAGAACCCCGGCGCUGGACUGCUCAGCGCUGCCAUAGCCAAAGCCUCCCAGGCCUCCCCCUUCCCCUCGGCCAGCAGCAUCAGCCCCACCCUCUGCUCCCCCUCGCCCUGCUCCAGCCCCGCCUCUUCCUGCUCCUCCAGCGAAAUGGCACACAGCCCGCCCUCUGUUGGCGGAGCCAAGAUUGAGUGACAACGCCAAGGGCCAAUCAGAGAGGAGGAGGAAGGGGGCAACGACAACCUCGCCUUUCACACCAAAGCUAUCUCUUUCUCUCUCUUGCGCUCUUCUUUUGUUAUUUUAUUUUUUUGCAAUGGCCCUCUUUCUCUCUUUCUCUCCCAGUCUUUCAAUGCCAAAAAUACACAGAAUGAAAGAGGAGAAAGGGAGAGAAAGAAGUGAAAGAGAAGAGAAGGGAGGGAGGGAGGGGAAGAUUGAAACCAAAAAUCUUUAUCUAUCCAAACAGAUGGAGAGGAGGCAACGUGGGACCUUUUUGUCAAUAACACGUUCUAUCGACAUGGCACCUCUCCACUCUUUCUCUCUAAAGGAAAACAAACCAAUGACUCCUUAACGAAGAGAUGGCAGAGAAACGUGUCGAAGUGCAUAAACCAAAAAUGACAAAAGAUAACUUUACUAUGUGACAAAGGAAUGGCGGCAAGGACAAAAAAAAGAAAUGGAGAGGAGAACUGUGCUCACGUUUUACCUUUUUUGUAUUAUUUCAAAAAGCUGCGGGUCUGAAAGAAGAGGAGUAGGGAGGAUAAGUUUAAACCAAAAAUUUACCUGAGGAGGAGGCGUAGGAGAAAUACACAAUGACAAAAAAAAAUGACAACCAUACCAAAUCCCAAAUACCAAAAACCAAAAAUACGGAGAGAAAAGCUUUAUUCAAAGGACGUGUAAAUACUGAAGCUAUCCAGGACCAGGACUAUACUACUGCUUCUCACAUACACAUCAAGAGCCAAUUCAUCCUGCCAUUGACUCAUCUUGUCUGUGUCAGCUCAUGUGUCUCUUUUAGGUUUUCAUAGAUAUAUUGAAUCAUUUUGUAAGAUUGUUUUUGAACCAGUCAAGAGUUCCUGUGUGAACGAGGGCCGCUGUAUUCCAAUGUGUUAGUCUCUUUACCUACCUCUGGUUCUAAGAGCAUAGAAAGCUUUCCCCGCUCCUUUUUUAUUAUCUCUUUUUUAUGUCACUUAGUAUCCAUUUUAAAAGUACAGUUGGGAUGUCUUUUUUAAUUAUUUAUUAGUUACAUUUUACAAUCCAACUCCUAUUUAUUGUUGCAGCUAUUUCCUUUUAAGUCGUAGCUUUUUGGGUUUGAAUCAUUAUCAGUGUCAUCAUCAGUGUCUUCAUUAUAUGCAUUUGUGUGUUUUAACGUGACUAUUCUGUGGCGAUAGCAAAGACGCAGGUGAAAAGAUGUUCACCAAGUGCCGUAGAUGCAAUAGAGUUGGCACGCUGCGAGUUUAUUUCACGGUGUGAAUGAAUUUAUUAAGACCUAAACAUCUGACAUUAUGUGCUCUUAAUCAGACCACUCUUUCCUCACUCUUAAAGAUAACCCAUUAUCAGUGACUCCGUGGCAAAAGGAACAUGCCCUGGAAACUUCACACACUGAAAAUGACAUAAUAAUGUUUGCUAAGAGUAACGGCCACUUUGAAAGUAUGAAAUAGGGCUGUGAUUGGAGAUUUAAAGUAAUAACCAUUGAGACUGAAGGCUAAAUAAGUCAAUAAAGCCAAGUUUAGUCACAGCCAGCUCUCAUUCCUGCCUCGUCAAUCAGCAUAGAUGCCCCAACACCUGUCUGUCUAGACAUGUUUACUGAUAUUUGUCUGUUUCCAUCAUCACUUCAUCAAUCACAUUUCACUGUCAUUUUCCACCUCAGACUGCCAUUACUUCUUGGAAACCAAAGCAUUUUCAGGGCUGGGCUGUUCUUAAGGAGCCUCAGCCAAGACAUAUGAACACAAUAAAGACACAGAGGGGCGGAGAACAGGGCGUAAGCCCCCUGGUGUGAUUCCCUUCCACCUGGCCCGUCCAAAAACCCACGGGGGAAGCUUUAUUUAGGGAACUGAUCCUUUACUCCAAACCCCCAGAAAGAAGGGUACGCUGGGACAUCAGGGUGAAGGAGGGACACACUGUAGUGAAGAGGAGCAGGCGUCACACUUUUUGUAAGAGGAUACCAAAAAUAAACCCAAACCAAAAAAAAACACAACCCAAGGAAUAACAGAAGCAAACCAAAAAGAACCCUAACCAACUGUGGCUGGAGGGAGGAGGGGAGGAGAACAAAGUGCAGGUGUUGAAAGAGGUGAAGCCGUCUGUCUGUCUGUUGGCUUUGGGGCUGCGGCAUACACCCAGCUCUGAAACUGUGUAGCAUGGAUGAAGGGAUGGAUAGACAAGCAGAUAGACAGGCAGACAGACAGGUGGACAGAAGAAGGAGAGACAAUUCCUCCCCUCCUCUGCCUCUCACUCUCUCCAGCUCAGCUCUCUGGUCCUGGAUGGAGCUAAACGCAAAUGACCUCACUGAACUGAAAUCUUCUAAAAAAAAAAAAAGAAAAGAAAAGAAAAAAAAAAAAUCUGUUUUUAUUUUUCUGUUGGUUGGUUCUGAUUGUUUAUCUCUGCUGUGUCUCUUGAUGCUGUUUUAUGUACUGUACUUUAGUGCUUAUUACUCAUUUGGAAUAACGUACUCGCUUACUUACUACAAGAGCUCCUUAUUUUUUUCGUAGUCGUGCUAGAAAUUUUUAUCAGGUGGUUGGAAAAAAUACUGUGAAAAUUUAGCUUCCAGAUUUUUAUUAGAUAAAGAAACGGACUGUCUUGGCAGAAAAAAAGACACACAAAAAGCCAAAAACAAAGAGUUGAAUAGCAAACCUUAAAAAUGCCAAACCAAAUAACUGAACCAAACCAAACACAGUAGAGAGGAACAGGAACAUGUGGGCAGAGAAAUGGGUCAGCUUGUAUGAGGUAAAACUGUGCGUUUUUCUGUGCGUAAGUGUUACUGGAAGGCCAAAUGGU